CCAUCCGUGCCCCGUUUUCUUCCUCCACCCUGCUCACCAUCCUGCACACGCCCAGUGAUUUAAUAAAACCAAAGGAAAAAAGUUUGGGGAAGACGUGGACGGGCGUUGUGUAGACGUGCAGGCAGAAACAGAGACAGAAAAGAAGCAGAAAAAGCUCCUCUUAAGUGUCUUUUUCCCCCAAAAAAACUUCACGGUCUAGAGAUGGAGUCCGCUAUAAAGACAGUGGUUACUCAGUUCGUAACCUCAGCACGUGGGAAGGAGAAUCUUGGAGCCAAGAAUUUUCAAAAGCUGGUCCAGUCUCAGCUGGGGAACAUCAUGUCGGACACAGAUAGCUCGUCAGCGGUGAAGGAGAUGAUGCACGGCUUGGAUGAUAACCAGGAUGGGAAGGUCAGCUUCCAGGAAUACAUGAACCUGGUGGGUUACCUGGCGUCUACGCUGAGCGAGAGGAAAACGGGGACCCAGAACAGUGCAGCCAACUGAGACUAGCCCUCAACAGCCAACAAUCAACCAAUUAAGCCUUUGUGUACAAUAUUCCAUUAAAACUGGCAAAGCAAACUAGGGGUGGGCGAUAUGUGAUAUUGUGCUAAAUUACACAACAGUAUCCAUGUUACUCUCAAAACUGCACAGCAACAAGGAGCCCAUUCAAAACCACUAUGCCAUUAUAUACCAGAUUUUUCCUACUGUUCGUUUUUUGCUAUAUAAAAUCAAAAAUCAUA